UUUUCUUUUGCAAUAUCAUCUUACAAAGAAAAAUGAAUCUGAUGAGUUUGUGUUCACUCCUCUAUUUUGUUCUCAUAAGCUUCCAUGUUGCUUCGGUUUCAGCAGAAACAACAUGUGUCAACAAUGGAGGUUUCACGCCCAACGGUACCUACGACGCAAACCGCCGUCUCAUCCUCUCUUAUCUUCCUUCCAACGUCACCGUUCAAAAGGGUCUCUUCUACAACGGCUCCAUCGGACAAGAACCGAACCGUAUCUACGUAGCAGGGAUGUGCAUGCCAGGAUCAGUUCCAGCUGACUGUUCUGAGUGUAUCAAGACCGCCUCUAAUGGUUUGUUACAGGGAUGUCCAAACCAAACAGAAGCGUAUUCAUGGCCAUUUGAUCCAACGCUUUGCUAUGUGCGCUACUCCAACACUUCUUUCUUAGGAUCUUUUGAUCCAAGUCCAGGUGCUCGUUAUAACAUCAACGGUGCAAACGUAACCUCAGAUCGAGAAGAGUUCAAGAAGAUAUGGGUAGACUUAGCUGUUCGUAUGGUCGAUGCAGUAUCCACAUCCAAAAGCACACCCUCCUCUAGUGAUAACCAUUACACAGCUAAUAUCGCAGCCUUGAAUCCUUACCAGAAUAUCUAUGCAUUGUUGCAAUGUACGCCGGAUCUUUCCUCUCGUGAUUGUAGGACUUGCGUGCGAUACAGCUUAAAUUUCUACAGCGACCGGCAAUGCUGUAAUACGAGGCAAGGGAUCCGUUUCCGGCGGGCAAGCUGCUAUUUCCGGAUAGAGAUGUAUAACUUCUCUACGGCUUCUUUUGUUAAUUUUACGGCGGCUUCUCCUCAUGUAGAUGAUCAGGCCAGCAAGAUCAACAAUGAUAGCAAAGGACUCUCGGUUAGAGUUAUCGUGGCGAUUACCGUUGCAACUGUUGUUGGCGUCUUGGUACUGCUUGUUCUUGGUUAUGUCCUACGCUUGAGGAGAAACUCACACCAAAGAACUCAGACUGAAACUGAUAUUGAUAUUUCAACUAGACAUUCAUCACAAUACGACUUUAAGACAAUUGAAGCAGCUACAAACAAUUUCUCCAGGAGUAAUAAGCUUGGUGAAGGUGGAUUCGGCGAGGUUUACAAAGGUACACUUUCAAGUGGAACUGAAGUGGCUGUGAAGCGACUGUCAAAAAUGUCAGGACAAGGGACAAGAGAGUUCAGGAACGAGGCUGUUCUUGUGUUAAAACUUCAACAUAGGAAUCUUGUUAGGCUUCUUGGAUUCUGUUUGGAAGGAGAAGAAAAGAUUCUCAUCUAUGAGUUUGUCCCAAACAAAAGUCUUGACUAUUUCUUAUUUGACCCUGAGAAGCAGGGUCAGCUAGACUGGACUCAACGUUACAAGAUCAUUGGAGGGAUUGCUAGAGGAAUUCUUUAUCUUCAUCAAGAUUCACAGCUCACAAUCAUACAUCGUGACCUCAAAGCAAGUAACAUUCUCUUGGAUGCUGAUAUGAACCCAAAAAUUUCAGAUUUUGGACUGUGUACGAUCUUUGGAACUGAUCAAACUCAAGGAAAUACGAACAGAAUUGCUGGAACCUACGCUUACAUGUCUCCUGAGUAUGCAAUGCAAGGCCAAUUCUCCAUGAAAUCUGACGUUUACAGCUUUGGAGUCUUAGUUCUCGAGAUUAUAAGUGGAAAGAAAAACAGUAACGUCUACCAGAUGGAUGAAACUAGCACUGCUGGAAACUUGGUCAACAAUGCUUGGAGGCUUUGGAGAAACGGGUCACCACUAGAGCUGAUGGAUCCAGCCAUUGGAAUGAAUGAUCAGAGUAACGAAGUCAUUAGAUGCAUCCAUAUUGCGCUCUUAUGUGUUCAAGACAAUCCAGAAGACCGUCCAAUGUUGUCUACUAUCAUCUUGAUGCUCACUAGCAACAUAAUCACUCCACCAGUGCCUCAACUACCGAGUUUUUUCCUGCGUAACAGGCCCGAGUUUGAGCAGGCAUCUGAGGGAUUCGAAUCAAGUCGAUCUACAGCAAAAUCUGUUAGCAAUUCUAUUAGUGACACGACCAUUACUGAAUUAGAGCCUCGUUGAAGUUGGAAGUGAUUCUCUGUGUGCAAGUUUGAGCGAUGUUUCUAACAUCGUUUUCUUAUUUUUGAUUGUGACUUUUGUAAGAUUUGAAUAUUCAUGUGGGUUCUGUUUUCUAAUACUCUGUUUUUGUUCUGUUUCACGUAUUUAUAACUCAAGAAGAUUCUUCGACGUAGAUAAUUGAUGUCCCAAUUCUUGUCA